AUGCUAGAAAACAUCGAAAGCGAGAUAGACCAGUUACCGCUGGCUGCGGUGACCCGGUCGAUGUCGAGAAGUGUGGUAAACGACGGGGAACAGCCGAAUGUGGAGCCUGGAACCAAGGAUGCAACGUGGAUCAACUUUAAUUCGACGACGCGCCAGUAUGCGACCCAACCAAAAGCGCAGAAACCGACACGCAAGCGGAAGAAAACCGACGCCCUCACGGCUGUCCAGCUAAAUGGCACCCCAAACAUUGAAUUUACAGGCAACAGCGAUGGACGCCCGAACAAACUUGACGAAAUUGCAUGGCUUAUAACCGAGCUGAAAGGAAUAAUUGCACAACAAGGCCAGGCGGUGGAGACUCUCAAAACAUGCUGUGAAGAGUUAAAAGCAGACCAGAAAGAGUUAAUCAGGCAAAACUCGAGCCUUAAAGAUGAGAUAACUGCUCUGAGAACCCAGGUGACACAUAGACCGGAUCAACGAUCUUGGGCAUCAAUUGCCUCCAACGGCGGAACGAAUGGCGAAUCCUCAACCCCUCCACCGGCCCCAACGCCCGCGCCUACAAAAGCUGACAGGAAAGACCCCCCGCUCUGCGUCCGUAUCAGUGCGGCACAGGCUCCCGACCCCAUGGAAUAUGGAGGGUCCCUCACAAGAUAUCUCCCCGUGGAAGAGGUCAAAGCGAGGGUCACAGACGCCCUACAAAAGAAUACGCCAACCGAAGGAGUCGAGAUCAUCGGGGUAGGAACCACAAAAACAGGGUACAUCAUCCGCUUCCGGGAUGAAACCUCCAGAGACACUGCCAGCGUGAACGAGGGGUGGCUCCGGAACCUGGGAAGCCAAACAAAGCUGGUCAGACCCAGAUUUGGUGUGGUAGUACACCGAACACCCACACAUGAAGUCGACACCGAGGACAAACCACAAAGCAUGAAGAAGAUAACAGAGGAAAAUGAGCUCGCCCAAAAGGGAUACAAGGUAGAAGAAAUCGCAUGGCUCAAGAAGAGGGAAUCCACGCUGGGCGCGUCGGCAUCACUUGGAAUAUGGUUCGAUAGUGCGGAAGCUGCCGAAUGGGCGAUGCCUGGCCUUCGGCCACCUGGCCUGGAACUGCAAAGAGAGACUACGAUACUGCGCAGAACGCCACCCGACAGGAGCAACAGAGUGCAAAUCGAGAGCCAAUAUCACCAGCCUUCAAUGUUAACACAGAAACUGCGGAUUUUACAACUGAACGCCAACAAAAAACGUUCGACCAUGGAAGCACUCCUCAAUGACCGCAAAAUUGGAGAUUUGGAGGUGCUACUCGUACAAGAACCCCCUUUCACAUAUUAUACAACACCAAUACAACACCCACAUUGGAGGGUGUUUCAAACAUCAUGCACCGAAACACACGCCACGGGGCGCAGUCUAAUAUAUGUCAACAAGCGCAUAUCAACCUCGGCAUACCGGCAAAGGCGGUGCCACAGCCCCGAUGUAACAGCAAUCGAGCUCCAGAUAGGAGAAAGCCAGAUCUUAAUUUUCUCCACAUACAUCCCGCCAUUCGACCCGGCAGACAACCCGAUACACCAGACCUUAAACGAAAUCAGCCGGACAAUCCGGCUCUCGCCCGCAACCACAUUGAUCAUCGCAGGGGAUUUCAACCGACAUCAUCAGAUGUGGGGUGGAAUCCAGGUGAACCGAAGACGAGCCCGAGACACCGGGGGCCUCCUGGACUUCAUACAGGCUCAAGAACUCCAUAGCUGUCUCCCACCUGGCACUGCCACCUUCUGGUCAGCGAGCCACCCAGGCACACACUCCACACUCGACCUCACACUCAGUAACGUCCCACACCAGUUACUCAAAUGCCACCCCUACCGAGACAACUACGGCUCCGACCACCUAGCGAUCUACUCAGAAUGGGAUCUGCAACUGAAACAGAAAGAUCCAAGCCAGCCACGCAGACUUUUCGACCAAGCGAACUGGGAAGAGAUUGGCAAAGCUGUAGAGAAGGCGAUCCCUACACCACGGAUCGAAUCAACAACUCAGCUGGAUGGAAUAGUUGGCAGAUUAAUCACAACGACAAUAGCAGAAAUAGACAAGCACACCCCGCACGCAAGACCAUCUCCUUACGCCAAACGCUGGUUCAGCCGCAGAUGA